CACAUCACAAAGUCAUAAUUUUAUUCUGAUAAGUACAUCAAUUCAAAACUGCAUCCCUCUAUUGUUCCCGACUCCCGCCAUCAGCGUGGACUGAGCGCACAAGCGCGCCCCCUGGUGGACGGCGGUGACGUCGCUCCCAAUCCCAUGCUGCCCUGCGUCUCCGCCAUACCGCCGAGCGUCUGCAGCUGAGACCUGCUGGAAGCGGACAUGUUAGACCGGCCUGACCGGAGAUAAACGCUGUGCAUACGGGAAGAAAAGGAAAGGCGCCGAAAAGGAAAGCCAUGGAUGCUGUUAACGCUUUCAACCAGGAGUUAUUCUCCUUGUUGGACAUGAAGCCUCCAAUAUCUCGUGCAAAGAUGAUCUCCAUUACCAAAUCGGCAAUUAAAGCUAUUAAGUUAUACAAGCAUGUUGUCCAGAUUGUAGAGAAGUUCAUCAAAAAGUGUAAACCAGAAUACAAGGUCCCGGGACUCUAUGUUGUUGAUUCUAUUGUUCGUCAGUCACGGCAUCAGUUUGGACCAGAUAAGGAUGUUUUUGGGCCCAGAUUCACAAAAAACAUCACUGGAACAUUCCAAAACCUCUAUCUAUGUCCAACUGAAGAUAAGAGUAAAAUUGUGCGCGUGUUGAACCUCUGGCAGAAGAACGGUGUAUUCAAGAUUGAAAUCAUCCAGCCUUUGCUGGACAUGGCAGCCGGAGCCAGCAGCAGUACCACAGCGCCUGACACAGAGAACGAUACUGCUGAUGCAGUAGGUUCCCCCUCCAGUCCUGGCAAGACCUCUGCUGAGCCCCCUGUCCCUGCCGCUGUCACUGCCAACUCGAUAGUUGCCGCCGUCCCUCAGCUGCAGAACUCGGAUGCUUUCGCUGCUGUAGCUCAGCUGUUUCAGUCCACACAGGGGCAGCAGCUUCAGCAAAUCCUGCAGACCUUCCAGCAGCCGGCAAAGCCACAGUCCCCUGCUCCCGAGAACAACCUGCUGGCCCAGAUCCAGCCUGCAGCUGUCCAGCGCAGCCUUCCGGCCGCCCAGCCCGCAGAGCAGAAAGCAACCUUUGACAAGACUCUGCUUGAUCGCUUUGAUUAUGAUGAUGAGUCAGAAGGAGGAGAAGAUGCUAAAAAGGAAGAAACAACUUCUGCGUCACAGCCUUUUGUAUUUCCGGAAAAUAUCCAGCAGCCAGUAUAUCCGCAGCUUCCUACACAAAUUCCUAACAUGGAACACUUUCAGCAGCGCUUAUUAGGAAUGGCACAAGAACAGCAACAUCAGGUAACGCUUCCUCCAAAUGGACAGCUUCAAGGAUACGGUCUCAUGCCCACCCAGCCCUUCCCAGCCAUGGUUCAGCAGAUGGCCCAGCCUGUUUUGCCUCAGCAGACUCCCGCGGUCCCUUCAGUGUUUCCUUCGGGAUAUCCACCCCAGAACGAGGCUUAUUCACAGCAGAUGGCACAGCAGCAACAAGAAGUAUCAAUGGAAAUAGAUCCACCAGUAAUGAAGGAAGGAAAACAUCGUUCAGAAGGGAGGAAAUCAAGGUCUAAGUCUGCUUCCAGAUCUCCCAAAAGGAGGAGAUCUCGGUCUAAUUCCCGCUCCCGGAGAUCACGGCACAGGAGGUCUCGAUCUCGCUCCCGAGAUCGCCGCAGGCAUUCACCGCGCUCCCGGUCGCAGGAGAGGCGAGAGAGGGAAAAGGAGAGGGAGAGGAGGCAGAAGGGACUGCCGCACAUCAAGAGCGAGACUCUCAGUGUUUGUAGCACGACUCUCUGGGUAGGUCAGCUGGACAAAAGAACGCAGCAGCAGGAUGUGGCAAGCCUCCUGGAGGAGUUUGGGCAGAUUGAGUCUAUUAAUAUGAUCCCACCCAGAGGCUGUGCGUAUAUUGUGAUGGUUCACAGACAGGAUGCCUUCCGAGCCUUACACAAGCUAAGCCGAGGGUCUUACAAAGUAAACCAAAAGGCUAUAAAGAUUGCAUGGGCAUUAAACAAAGGAAUCAAACCUGAGUACAAGCAGUAUUGGGAUGUGGACCUGGGGGUGACCUACAUCCCCUGGAACAAAGUGAAGCUUGAAGACCUGGACAGCUUCCGUGAAGGAGGCAUUUUAGACACAGAGACGCUGUGUCCAGAGUGGAAGAACCUUUCGAAUGACACAGAGAAAAGUGAUGAAGUCGCUCAGAACGGAGGUUCAGAGGCUGUACAGGCUGAAGAAACGACAGUUGUUGCUCCUGUACAGGUAAAACCUGUAGGAUUUCAGGUGCCUUCAGUUCAGCCAAUGGGAGCCGUCGGAGCUCUGCAGCCCCCCGGAUUUCCAGCUCACAUGGGGCUGCCUCCUCCAGCCUUCCCACCGGGAGUGCCCCCUCCACCACCUCCACCCUUUAUGCGGCCUGGAUUCAACCCCCUUCAGAUGCCACCAGGAUUCCUGCCCCCCGGCACUGUGCCUCCGAUGGCCACAGGAGGACCUUUACCUCCUAAUGUUGCCGUCAGCGUCCCAACAUCUGGAAGUUCGGGAGAAGAUACUACAAAGGACACUUCAAGUGGGAAUCAGGUCUCCUCUGCUGUUGGUGUGAGAACCAAUUCUGAACCUACAGAUAACUCCAAGUUGUAUGGAUCGGUACCAGCACUGAACCAGGGCAUCGGCACCAACCUUCCCGUGUCUAUGCCACAGCCCAUGGCUGGCCUUACAGGUAGUCAAGUGGGUGCUCCAGGUGGCCCAGUAAUGAAUCUGCAGCCCCCCUCCGGGGGUCUGUUAGGAGCCCGGCCUGGUAUGAUCCCUCUUCAGCGGCCCCCAGGAGUCCCUCCACCCCACAUGCAGCGCUUCCCGUUGCUCCCGCCUCGCCCCAACAUGCCCAUGCCUCCCCAGAUGAUGCACAGGGGACCCCCCCAGCUCCUGCACAGAGAGCCCCCGCCCGGGGGAUACGGCAUCCCACCACCCCACAGCUUGAGGGGGCCGUUCUCCCCCCACGGCCCCUUCAUUCGGCCCGGUGGCCCGAGAGGCCCCCCGGAGGGGCCCGACGAGCGGGACGGCAGGCAGUUCAGGAGCGAGCGGCCAGGCUUCGGCCCGGGGCGCGAGCGGGAGCAGGACCGGUUCGGGAGGCGGCCUUUCGGGGGCGGGGCCGGUGGAGGGGCUGGGGGCCGGGGGGAGCCGGAGGGCAGGGAUCGCUACAUCGGCCGCCACGACGAGUAUGGCCGCGACCGGAGGGACUGGGGCCGGAGCCCAGAGCACGAGCGGCCCAGGGACGGCGAGGAACGGAGCAGGCGGGCUAGCGGACACCGUGACCGAGACAGUACCAGGGAGCGUGAGUCGCGCAGAGACAGGGAGGACAACCGUGGCCGGGAGAAGGCUGACGAGGCAGAGAGUACUGACAGAUACCGUGACUCGGACACCGCUGAGCAAGCUGCGUCCUCCGAGAAAGAACUGCCCACGCCGGACCCUGAGCCCACAGCGUCUUCGGACGUGACUAUGGAGCCAAAGGCCGUGGAGUCGUCUGGAUCCACUGAGCCAGUGGAGACGCCCCAAGAGGCCAGAUCCUAGAAAGAGAGAAAAAAGGAAAAACUGCUCAGGCAGACGUGGAGCGCUGCCCUGUGAACCACAUCGUCCUACUUCGGAGCUUGAAUGUUGUAAAGAAACAAAACGCUGUAAAUACGCUUGUGCUACUCAACACCUCUUUGUAGUUUUGGGGGAAGCGUUUUGUUUAUACCCCAUGUGUUUCAAGAAAAACAAUUAAAUUGACUUAAACACAAAACAAUAUAAAAAAAAACUUUUGCUGUAACUUUUUUUUUAACUUUAAAUGUUUACAGAGCAUAGGAAUUGAGAGGUUUAUAUCAUUUUUAAAUUAAAACAAAUUUAAAUCUCUUCCAACGUUUGAGCUUUAGGGAUUUGUUUUUAAUAAACUAUUUUCGUACCAAACUUUAAAGUGUGAUAUUCUUCCUGGAAAUGUAUGAUUUUAAAAGCUGAUUGUUAUCUGGCAAUGUCCACAUGCUUGGAAUUGUUUAAUGAUAUCGUUUUCUGGUGUGACAAUUUUUGCUACAUUUUUACUUGUUAAAGACUGUACAGAAUUAUAUAUAUAUCACAGAAAAAUGCAGUAUCCAAAGUAACUGUUUAAUUGCUGGGGAAAUGCUUUAUUGAUUUUUUUCCAACAUAUGCUGUAUACAUAAAAAUUACAAAUGUUUUGAUUUGAGGCCGCCCUUCAUCUUUGCUAUACUAAUUCCUGGUUUACAGUUACCAGUCAAUGUCACGAUUGUGUCAUUAAAAAGGUAAGUUUUGUAUUAA